CUUUUUAAAUCAAAAUGAUGUGAUUUGAAAGACAGGAUCAGAUCUGCGCUGCCGCUCAAGAGACAUGGUGUGUGUUUUUAAGAAAUUAGACACGAUUGCCUUGCAAUUUCUGUUGCUACUUACUUUAGCACUUGCCUUGGCCGAGGAAACAAUACCGUGCGGCACCAGGUCUGCAGAACGCGGGGGCGAGCGGGUCGUGGCAGGUAAAGGUGCAGAACCGGGGCUGUGGCCCUGGCAGGUGGCGCUCUACCUAGUGCCGCACACUCGAGUGACCUGCGGCGGAGCCAUCGUUAACAGAGACUGGAUUGUAAGCGCAGGGCACUGCUUUCUUGGUCCUUAUAGGGAUCCUCUUAAAUGGAAGGUAACCCUUGGGUUGGUUGAUACAGUGGUUCCUGAGCACUGGGCACAGCGGUCGGGCGUGGAUAAACUUUACGUGCAUGAGCAGUUUUUUAACCCUGAUAACGACAUCGCCCUGCUCCAUUUAAGUAGCCCAGCUGAGUUCAAUGAUUACGUCAGACCAGCCUGCCUCCCGUGCGCUGGCGCAAUCAACACGGACGAGUGGAGUAACUGCUAUGUAACUGGAUUCGGACUGUUUUCAGAAACGGGUACGGUAGUGAAAGGAGCUCAAGAAGUCCUUCAGCAGGCUGCAGUGAGGCUGACCCCAGCAGAUGAAUGUAAAAGUAAAGAAAUGUAUGGUGCAUACGUGAACGACAACAUGGCGUGUGCUGGCUUGGCGGGAGAGGUGGAGAACACCUGUCAGGUUAACAGCGGGGGUCCUCUGGUUUGUAAACUGAAAGGAGGGAGCAGUGCCUUCCGGCUUGUGGGAGCGGGGAGCUGGGCUCGCGGGUGCGCUGACCCCGACAAGCCCGGGGUGUAUUCCUCAGUCAGCAGGUACGUCGAGUGGAUUGCAAACACAACGGGCAUCGCUGCAGAGGCACUGCAAGGGGAGACGACCACACUGACGUGUCACUGAAGAAAGGCCAAUUGUACAAAUAAUAAAUGUCUUGUUGCAUUAAAA